GAAGAGGACCUUUCCAGUGAAGAUCCCAACUCAAAUGCUGUGACCGGUUCGGAUGCGACAGUACCUACAGGAGAGAAAAUGUUGACCACCAACAUUCAAGUCCCAAUUGACGCUGGCACUGAUGAUGCUCCUGUCGACUCGCAGCAUGAAGAUAAAACGACUGAUGUGACUCUAAGGAGAGGAAUGAGAAAAGAGUCACUGGUGGGCAAACAAGGUCAACCCCAGAAUGCCACGCCGAAAAAGAAGCCGGAAAAGCAGUCGAAAAAGCAAGACAGGAGAAUGGGGACGAAGGCUAGGAAAAACAGACUCGUCUCCUUGAGUGAAGUUUCUCGAGAUGACCGGCAUAAAUUAGCGCGAUAUAUUUUAAACGACUCCUGUGAACCUCAAGAUGGCUUCGGCCGGGUCUUGAUCCUUGUCGGAGCCAGUGGAUCAGGGAAGAGCACGAUGGCGAACGGAUUGGUGAAUUUCCUCAUGGGCGUGGAAUGGGACCAUGAUAGACGAUACGAGAUCGACAUGACAUCCGCCGUGAGUGGGGAAGAGAGUCAUGCAAGUCAAACCAAAUGGGUCACUGGAUACACGAUCAAGAGUCCGGAAUACGGGAUCAUGACCAUCGUGGACACACCUGGUUUUGCGGAUACGGGAGGCAUGGACACGGAUGCCUUCAUCCCCAAGCAGAUUCGGGCCUUUUUCAAGGUCAACGGUAUGAAAGAGUUAUGUGGGGUUGGGAUCGUCGUCCCGGCAGCGCAGUCGAGGUUGACCCCAGCUGAAAAAUACGUCUAUCAUUCCUGCCUGAAGAUGUUCGGGAAAGACGUCACCGACAACUUCUAUGUCAUCUUCACCUUCGCGGACUGCAGUGACCCGCCGGCUUUGGAGGCCAUCAAGGCGGAGAACAUCCCACAUCGGGACUACUUCCAGGUGAACAAUUCCGCCAUUUAUUGUGCCAAUAAGCCCGAAGAGAACACGGGCUUCGCCAAACUUUAUUGGGACAUGGGAGUGCGGGGAUUCGGGAAAUUAUGCACCAGUCUGUCUACGAUCAAACCAGUCAGCCUGGCAUUGACCAGUGAGGUCAUGGCGGAACAAGAUGCUCUGGAAGAUAAAAUCGCUGAACUCAAGCGUCAACUUGAAACUAAUUUCGAGAAGUUCGUAAACCUAAAGAAGCAGGAGACGGAAGUCCCCUCGAACCAUUCUAGGUCAAAUGUCCAGAAUCUGAAAGUAUCAGGAAAGCUCGGCGAGGUUCGGGAUAAAUUAAUGGGAAUUCUGAAGGAUUUAAACGAUUCAUUGCUUCGACUCAGCGAACGCAGCAUGAAAUCCUCGGCCAUGACAGUGAUGGACUAUAUCCAACUCCUCAUCGACGCAGAACUCCAAGAGAGAAGGCCCGGCUUCAGAGAAAAACUCCAGGUCCUAGAAGAAGCAAAGAAACUAGCCGAAAUCAUGUGUGGAACGCAUGAACCCAACGUCCAAUGUCCAGUGAGUUCCAACGAAUUCUCCAAGUUUCCUCGUCUAGACCAUCCCCGUAAAGGCGCAGGUUCGCUGAUGUUCCAGGAUGGAGUUAAUGAAGUGGAACCGGGACCAUCCUUCCCCGAGGACGGUAGCCAGCAGAACGAAAAUGUGAAGAAAACCUGGUUCGGAUCAGUUGGCAGGAAAGGGCUGAAGAAUAAAGCCGGUUUAAGACGACAGGGGUACCACUCGACGCCGGGGAACAGGGGUUCAAAACCUGUUCAGUCCACUUUCAAGUCCCACCUCGAUACAGACGACAAGGGGGGUUCUGUGCACCCCACCAGUUACAGGAUAGUCCAAGACCCGGACCACCAGGGGCCCAAGACACCAGAGUCCAAAAGAGGAUUAGUGAAGGCUUUCAGGAAUAGCAUCAAGAGGAAGAAGAAGAGGGAUGAGGUCCAUCCUAGUGAAACUCAUAAGUCUCCCGGAAUUGAUCCAGUCCAACGCCGACCCGAUCCCAAUCGGCAAGGAGACGGUGGUCACCGCAAUCACCGCAAGAAAGACCCCUGUGUCAUCCUGUGAACAACUCCCAUGUUUCGAUCCUUUUGCUUUAUUAUUAUUUCGCUUUAUCAUCGAUUUAUGUUCAGAAACUCCUUGUCUUGUUCCCACGAAUGCAGCUAAGAAGUGCACACGUAUUCUAUUG